AUGCCAUUAAUUACAAACGAAGCACCGCAGCUGAUGAAGAAAGAGGCUUCUCUGUUGGAGUUACCAGAAGCCAUCUUGGAUAACAUUCUUGAGAGACUUUCGCCAAUUGAACUAUGUAGCAUGUCCGAGGUGUGCACUUGUUUGAUUGGCAGAUGCAGGAGUAAUGUAUUGUGGGAGAAACACGUACAACGUAGGUGGGGAAGACUCCUUGGUGAUGUGGCUUACAGAGAGUGGCAAUUUCAUGUGAUGAGGAUAAUGAAUAAAGAAAGCCCCUCACUACAAAGGAAUCCAGAGGGAUUAUUAGGAUCAUUUACUGGUGCUUGGCCUUUUUUAUGCCUUUGUUCAUAUUUGGAAAAUCCUGGAGACUUGGCUAGUUUAUUACUAUCGAAUUAUUCCAACAUGGCUUUGUAUGUAUCUCUUCAGAGGGGUCGAUUUUGGUUCCCUGCUCAAGUGUACAGGAUGACGCCGUUUCAGCUUCCAAGGCGAUAUAAUGGGCUGCUCAGCUAUGAACAUGUUUCAAACACCUUUCAAGCAAGGUGUCCAACGGACGAGUGGCGAUUGAUUGAGAAAAAUAUAACAUGGGAUCGGUUGAGACUACCCCCGAUUCACACUUCUCCAUAUACUCUUUAUGUGUCCAAUAACAAUGAUUUGAAACCUGGUGAUCAUGUUGAGGUCCAAAUGAGAAAAGGGAGCAGAACUUAUGAUUGGUGCUAUGGUGUUAUCGAUCACUUGGAAUCAUGUGAUAAAGACAUGAACAAUCAUUGCAGUUGUGAGCAUAGCGAAAUGCUAGUGGUGUCGUUCAAGCUUCAAUACUCACAAUGGAAAUCGAUAGCGAUAAAAAAAGAGGCGAAUGGGGAACAAAAAAUUGGACUUUGGAAGAUUGGAGGAAUUAGAAAACUGGAAGACUUGGAGGAUAUUCGGAGAUGGAACACCGAGCACCAUAUGCAGAUCUCAAGCUUAUCUUAUUAUGUAUAG